AUGAGUGAUGUUGAGAGAGGCAAGAAGAUUUUUGUUCAGAAGUGUGCCCAGUGCCACACCAUGGAAAAGGGAGGCAAGCACAAGACUGGCCCAGAUCUCCAUGGUCUAUUUGAGCAGAAGACAGGUCAGGCCCCUGGAUUCUCUUACACAGAUGCCAGCAAGAACAAAGGCAUUAUCUGGGGAGAGAAUACACUGAUAGAGUAUUUGGAGAAUCCCAAGAAGUACAUCCCUGGAACAAAAAUGAUCUUUGUUGGCAUUAAAAAGAAGUCAGGAAGAGCAGAGUUGAUAGCUUAUCUUUAAAACCUACUAAUGAGUAACAGGUGGGGCCACUGCCUUAUUUAUGACAGAACAGAAAUGUCUUGCCUUUUUUACGUGUACCAUAUUUUAAUU